AUGAACAAAAUAUCGAUGUUCUCGGUGUAUAAAAAGUUGGGAAAUUAUUUCAAGUUCGUGCCGUUAAUUGAGACGAAUCUUAAUCUCAUAGAACCAAAUUUAUAUCUGGGAAGUCGGCCAACCGUCGACGCUAUCGAUCUUCUUAAAAAAUAUAACAUAACACAUAUUUUAACCUGUGAAGAAAUGCCUCUAGCAGAAGAAAUGGAAAAAAACGGAAAUUUUACCAUGAAAUGUUUAUUGCUCGAAGAUGAGCCUACCGAGGAUUUAUUAAGACAUUUGGAGGACUGUUAUUCCUUUAUUUCAGAAGGUUUAUCAAAAGGAGCUGUACUUGUUCACUGUUUCGGCGGUAUUUCCAGAAGUGCAUCCGUCGUCAUUGGAUUCAUAAUGAAAAAACACCAACUAACUUACGACGAAGCUUUUAACAGAGUGCAACAAGCGAGAUAUAAUAUAGAUCCAAACCCUGGAUUUGUCUUCCAGUUAAAAAUGUAUCGAAAAAUGGGAUACGAAGUGGAUGCUAUGAACAUAGAUUACAAAAUAUUUAAAAUCGAAAAAGUAGCUUAUUAUGUGCGUCCAAUUCACGCUGUGCUACAGGAAAACAUGAACAUCAUUGAAGACGAUCCAGAACUGGAAGAAUUAGGAAUGAAAUCAAACGCUUAUAGUUGCAAAAAAUGCAAACGGAUUUUGGUGAAGGGUUCAAAUUUAAUUCCGCAUGAACACGAGGGCGAAAUUUGCACCAAAUCGUAUUUUGUUAUGCCUGUGGCUUGGAUGAAUGUUACUAAUAGUAUUGAGAGUGAACUGCAUUGUCCACGAUGUAAGUCAGAUGUGGGGUGGUUUAACUGGAUUGGUGGUAUUGGAUGUCAGUGUGGCGCCAAACAAGUUCCUGGUUUUUGUCUAAAACCGUCAGAAGUGGAUUUUGUUGCACCAUCAAAAUAA